GGGGGUGGGGGGUGGGGGGUCUCCCGGGGUGCACAUGCAGCCCCUCACACCUGGCGUCCGCAGUGUCAGAGGCUGUCCUGCCAUCUGCGUCUGCCUCCACCUGAUCUGGGGCCGCCUAGGUUUCCACGUCUCCGCACCUCCUAGGACUUAAAAUACUGGCCAAGUUGGGCACUGGGCCUUUCUCUGCUCUCCAGUUGUCCAAGGCUAUUUGUGGGUGUAAGUUUGGGGGGCCCCAAAAGGAAGUGAGGACGCCGGGCUUCAGCGAACUGGGAUGGAAAACCCCAGAGCCCCUCCGACUCCGGGUGCCGACUGGGGGCGACACGGGUGGAGGGCGCAGCGCGGGAGCUGACCGAGGAGCCCUGGCAUUCCAGCGCCUCCCAAAGGCCCCUCCCCUCUUGCAGGCCUUGCCCACCGGCUAGGCCCCGCCCACCGGCUAGGCCCCCGCCCACCAGCCUGGUACCCAUCCUGCCUCUGGCCUCGAGGCGCCCGAAGGCCCCGCCGCCGCCAUCUUUGUUAGGGGCAGCCGGGCCUGGGGUCUGGAGAUGCCGAAGUCAUGCGCGGCCCGGCAGUGCUGCAACCGCUACAGCAACCGCAGGAAGCAGCUCACCUUCCACCGGUUCCCGUUCAGCCGGCCGGAGCUCCUGAAGGAAUGGGUGCUGAACAUUGGUCGCGGCAACUUUGAGCCCAAGCAGCACACGGUCAUCUGCUCAGAGCACUUCCGCCCCGAGUGCUUCAGUGCCUUUGGAAACCGCAAGAACCUGAAGCACAAUGCUGUGCCCACGGUGUUCGCCUUCCAGGAUGCCCCGCAGCUGGCGAGGGAGGACACAGGCACGGCCGGCGAGGGUGGAGAUGCCGACUCUGAGAAGGAGAAGGCGCCCCCUGGGGCGGGGGCCAGGGAGCACAGCCCAGAGAGGAGGACGGACCCUGCCCUCGAAGCACUGCAGCCGCCCCUCAGCGCUGGAGCCCCUGUGGGACAGGUCCCGCCUCCAAGGCCAGAAGUGGCCGAGGCCCCCCUGCAGCAGGCCGGACCCCCACAGCCAUCUGACCACAGCUACGCCCUUUUGGACUUAGAUACCUUGAAAAAGAAACUCUUUGUGGCGCUGAAGGAAAAUGAAAAGCUGCGGAAGCGCUUGAAGGCCCAGCGGCUGGUGAUGCGGAGGAUGUGCAGCCGCCUGCGAGCCCUCCGGGCGGGGCGUGCGGGCCCCCGGGCCUCACCACGGCCAGAGCAGCAGAGCUGAGCCAGGUUGCUGGGCCUUCUCGUCCGUGGCCCUGGAGAUGGGGUGGCAGCUCUGGGGCUGUGGCCACGAGCCCUUCCAUCCUGCGGCCGACAGUGGCGGAGAGGCACACCAGGCCGGGACCCUGGCACAGAGGCCUCUGUGGCUUCAGGAUAAGCUUCGUGGCAUCAGGCCGUGAAGGGCUGGGGCCACAAAUGUGAGACUCGGUCAUCCAGGAGGAGACAGCCCCAGCUGUCCACUCAGCACCAGCCAGCAUCCUGGGAGCCUCAGAGGGCCGAGCCAGAGCGGCGGACACUCCCCCGGUGGGGCCGCUGGGUCCUGGGAGGGGCUUGGUGGGUGGGUCACUGCCACCCACAGCAGAGGGGGUGACCGCUGACUCCUGGGCAGCAGCAGUGGCACCUCCAUUGCCUGGACAGCAGGCGCUCUGGCCGCGACAGGCCUGUGUUCUAGGAGGGCCCCUUCCUGGCCUGGUUUGAUGCAGCUGCG